AUGGGUUGGAUCAUCCGCCACAAUGUCAACGAAAAUCCUCCUGAAUUCUUAUGCCCUAAUUACAGUUCUGGGUCACAAUUUUUCACCAUACGGGUCACAAUUUCUCACCAUACGAAUGUACCAUUCUGGAGAAGUUGUAGAAUAUGGCACCAGGGUUCCAAAAGGAAUAGUUCUGGUCUUACAUCUUUCGAGCAGCCCCAAAAGGUUUCUCAGAACAUGCAAAAACAGAAUAAAACACAAGGAGUUAGAAAAAAACUACAAGGGUUUGUUGUUGUGUUUCCAGCUGGAAAGACAUCUCGUUGA